UCAUUGUGUUUGUGCUAGGUGUGGAUGAAGGCAUGGUGGUCACCCUGAAGUUCUCCAGGAACAGAUUGGCAGUGUUCACCUGCUCUAUUGCUGUGGAGCUUCCCAACGACACUGUUAUCGUUGGCACUAAGGGAACCAUCAGGGUUCCUGAGCACAUGUGGUGUCCUACCUCCCUGCUGGUGAAUGGGAAGGAGAUUCAAUACCCUCUGCCUGAGCCCUACCUGCCCCUCAACUUCAUCAACAGCACUGGGAUGCGCUAUGAGGCAGAGGAGGUGCGCCAGUGCCUGCUCAAAGGCCUAAAGGAGAGCCCCAGGAUGUCCCAGGCAGACUCUCUACUCCUGGCUGACGUGAUGGAUGAGGCACGCAGGCAGGUGGGGGUGGUUUACAGCCAGGACUGCCAGUGACCAGACCUUUGUUUAAUAAAAUGAUCCACUUAAAA